UUGUAAAGGAAUUCUAAGCAACGGACAGCAAACAGGAAACAAACCGAAUCCAUCCACGGGUGGUAAACCUGUUCGUCAAGAUUACCGGGAUGAAGAAAGCAUGAAAUAUUUGUUUACAAUAGUUUACCUGGAUGAAUUCAUUGUACGUUUUCACGCGAGCUCGCGCCGGAUGAAAAACUGUCAAAAUAAAGAUAACAAUAGCCAAUGAAAACGCUCGAAUGACAGCGUCUGACCAAUCGCAGCGUAGUUAGUUGGAAGGUGCCGCGGCCAUUUUGGUCCAUAUUGCAACGUCGUUGAAGCGAAAUCACGCAUAAUUAUCGAUAAAUAUCACCCCACGCCAUUAGUUGACUUUAUCGUGUCAUUUUCUUCAGUUUUGAGUGGCUCAACAACUUAAAAAAGGACGGGGGAAAGUGCAACAAAGUAGAGACCGGCACCUUUUGUCACAUUGUUCUGAUGGAGAUUCUCAGGAGAAAAGCAGCCAUUUAGAAAUCUCUCCAAGCUGUCAUCCGCGCAGUGUCGACUUUUGAGCAUCUGAGAGCGCAACCAUGCUGGAUCGCUUGUCCCUCGCGUCACCCGCAGGCACCCCGACUUCGCUCGGCUCCGCCCCAUGAAAGGUCUUUUUUUAAAAAUGUCUGCUUCAUACCAACACCUUCUCACUUGGAGUUUACCGCACCUCCUCUUGCUACCGUUGACCCACCUCUUGCUUUUGGCUCCUCCCACAGAUGUAUCUGCAGAGAUGUGUCGCGUCACCGGCGGGGUUCUGGGGCUCCAUUGGACCAACGUGGUGGGUCUCGGUUGGUCCCCCUUGGCGGACGGGCGAGGGGGUCCGACGUGCUGGGAGACGUGCUGCUUGAGGCCCAGUUGCCACGCCGUGUGGAGCCACGGCGGGCGAUGCGUGCUCCUGACAUGCUCACUCAAAGGCGGGUGCCCCAUUCUCUAUGUGCCGCAACCAGAUCAAGAUUUUCUGGGGCUUCUUCAGAUUCUAAGCAAGGGUUCUGCCACAAAAAGAGGGAGGAGGAUUCGUCAGGUAGAACAAGAGGACCAAACACGGCAACAGCCUCGCAUGGAGAACUCCAAUGUUGAUCCAGCUCAGCCAGGACUAUCACCCAACCCGAGUGUGCUUCCACAAACAGCCCAAAAGAACCUCACUCUUAAAAGUGAAACGUCCCAACACAACUCCACUAUUCCCAACACCGUUGCGUCCAACCGCAGCGAUGACAUCACUCCCGUGGCAACUACCGUCAGCAUGCCUCCGACGCAGGCCGUGAGGGAGCUGGUAGUGUCGGCGGGCGAGAGCGUAGAAGUCACGUUGCCGAGCAACUCGGUGGAGCUCAACGCCUUCGUGGUGCCGCCGCCUCCGCCAGAUACAAAGUACGCAUUUGAUUGGCGUCUGAUAACUCAUCCGAGAGAUUACAGUGGGGAGAUGGAAGGGAAGCACAGCACGACUCUUAAACUCAGCAAGCUAACAGUUGGUUUGUACGAGUUUGAGGUGACAGUGGAUGGGGGCGGAGCCCACGGAGAAGGUUAUGUCAACGUAACGGUCAAACCAGAGCCGCGAGUAAACAAGCCUCCCGUUGCCGUGGUUUCCCCAAAGUUCCAGGGGAUCUCCUUGCCGACCAGCUCCACGGUGAUAGACGGCAGUAAGAGUACAGACGAUGACAAAAUAGUAUCUUGGCACUGGGAAGAAGUCAAAGGGCCCCUGAGGGAGGAAAAAGUGUCCGCCAACACAGCCGUCCUCACGCUCACCAACUUGGUUCCGGGGAACUACACCUUCAAUUUAACUGUGACUGACUCAGACGGCGCCCAAGACUCCACACAAGCCACCCUGUCUGUCAACAAAGCCAAGGAUUACAAGCCCGUGGCCAACGCCGGACCCAACCAGGUCAUCACCUUGCCACGUAACUCCAUCACUCUGUACGGCAACCAGAGCACGGAUGAUCAUGACUCGCUCGCCUACGAAUGGUCACUCAGUCCUGAGAGCAAAGAUAAGGUGGUGGAGAUGCAAGGCGUGCGAACCCAAAUCCUGCAACUGUCAGCCAUGCAAGAGGGCGACUACACCUUCCAGCUCACUGUGACCGACUCUUCCGGACAACAAGACACGUCCCACGUCACGGUUAUCGUGCAGCCGGAAAACAACAAGGCACCUAAAGCCGAUGCAGGCCCGGAAAAAGAACUGACGUUACCGGUUGAUCGAACCAUGCUGGAUGGGAGUAAAAGUAGCGAUGACCAAAAGAUAGUCGCUUACCACUGGAAACAAACCAAAGGUCCGGACGGAGUCAAAAUGGAGAACGCCGACAGCGCCGUCGCCACGGUGACGGGUCUUCAGGUCGGCACGUAUGAGUUCACGCUGACGGUGACCGACGAGAGGAAGCUGCAGAGUAGCGACGCCGUCACGGUCAUCGUUAGAGAAGAACUGGACCAGCCACCGGUGGCUCGCGUGGUUUCGAGUCCGCCCGUGACGUUGCCUGCGCGGACCGCCACAUUGGACGGAUCUCACUCCACGGACGAUAAAGGCGGCAUCACCUACCUGUGGACCAGAGAUGACAGCAGUCCUGCCGCCGGGGACGUGCUUAACAACUCGGACCACCAAGCCAUCCUAUUCCUCGGAAACCUGGUGCAGGGCAAGUACAGCUUCACGCUGUCCGUCACCGACAGCAAAGGUCAAACAAGCGUCGAUAGCGGCGCCCUGGAGGUCAAACCAGACCCGUGGGAGCGCGACCAGGUAGAACUGAUUUUAGAAGUCCCUGUAACGCAAGUCUCCCACCGUCAACGCGACAUGCUGCUACGGCAAGUCGGGGUCUUGCUCGGCGUCCUCGAUAGCGACAUCAUCGUCCGGGAAAUCGGCGCGUUCAACGAACACAGCACUCGUCUGGUCUUCCUGGUGUCAGGCGGUCCGGGGCGCCCUCCUCUGGCAGGUCAAAGCGUUGCACUCAAUUUACGCAACAAACUAAGGAAACAGAAGAACGAUUUUCUUAUUUAUAAAGCUCGGCGGGUGGAUACAGUUGUGUGCCAGCUGAACUGUUCCAGUCACGGAGAGUGUGACUCAUUCACGAGACGCUGCGUUUGUCAGCCGUUCUGGAUGGAGAAUUUUAUCAGAGCGCAGCUCGGAGAUGCCGAAAGCAACUGCGAGUGGAGCGUCCUUUAUGUGACCAUCGCGUCAUUUAUGAUUGUGGUUGCCGUGGCGACAGUGGUCUGGGGGUGCGUGUGUUGCUGCGACAGACGUAAGAGCAAAGCACGCAGAACCAAAAGCAGAUAUAAAAUGCUGGAAGCCGAUGAGCAGGAUGCACUGGAGCUUCAACCGGCCAGAGCGGGUCGCAUGAAGCCCGUCCCCGCCCCCACUUCCUCGGCCCUCAUGCGCUCCGACUCGGACCUGGACAGCGACGACGGGCGCGUGGGCUUUCCGUGGACGGAGCAGGAGCGCGGUCACCUCCUCGGACCGCAAAACGGCUCGCUGAGGAACGGCCAGGGUCCCGUUCGAGCCAAGAAACACAGGGAAGAGCUGCUAUAGCGAACGAGGUGACUUCAACUCCUUCCUUCCGUUCUCCUUCACUUCACUUGAACGCAUGUUUCACUGGAAAAACUGAGCCACGAAGGAGGAAACGCUACCAUAUUUUUGGUAGUCGGCACUGUUAUUUAACUUGAGACUAAAAACCAGCAAGCCCACUUUUUUCUUCCACAUCCGGAAAUGCAACAUGAACUUUUUUUCACACUUAAAGAAUCCAAAAUGGCGACUUGGAGGAAAACGACAUUGGAUCACAAAAACAGUUAAAUGGUGUGCGCCCAAUUUUUUUUUUUUUUUUUUUUUUUUUUUUUUUUUUUGCUGGCUGAUGUGCCAAAUCGUCUUUCUUCAGAGUGUUGUAGAGCCAAAAUGCUGCUUUUAUUUUGAAGGUCAAACAAGGAAGCCACUGGAAUAGAACUGAAUGAAGACUACUUUUAACAAUCUUCCUGCUGUGAUCCAUUGAUGCACUUUUAAUUCAUUAUGGAGAAUCAUUUUAAUUCAAUUUUACAUGUUUAACUGGAAAAAUGACAACCAGAAUCUUGAAAAUGAGCUCAAACCAAAUGUUUUUCAUGAACAAAUAUUAGUUGUUGUUUUUUUUUUGGCGUAAUUAGACGGCAAUAGACGUCCAAUCCAAGACUGGAUGGGAAAUGUGAAUGAAUAAAUCAUGGAUUAAUCUGUUGAAUCAUUUUGUAAUUAAUUGAUAAACUCAAGAGAUUAAUUGUCAAUUUCAUUGAAACAUGGUAAUUUGCAAUUUAUAAUAGAUUAAUCUGUUGAUCCCAUUUUGGAUUAAUCUAUUUUGCGAUCAUAAUACAGUAUAUAUUCAGUGGCACUGGAACAUGAUUUUGGCAGUGAAAGAGUUAAGCACAGAUUAAUUCGGAAGACUAAUUUCAUGAAUAAUUGGUUAAUUUAAUACAUGAAUCUGUCUAUUAAAUUGACAUAAUUAUACAAGGUCAUGACUAAAAUCUGAUAAUUUUGCCACGAUCUGAGUUGAAGAGAUUAAUCUAUGCAUUCUAAUGCCAUCACUGGCAGUCACUGUAUCUAUGACAGAAUAAUUAGACGAUUAAUUUAGUAAUCUAUUGACUAAAAAUCGCGAUUAAUCUACAAAUUUUGGAUUGAAAGUCUUAUCGCUGUCGAUGGCAUGAAAAUGUGAAUGAUUGUUGGUCGCGAAUGAGUAAAUCAUAGAUUAAUCUGUCAAACGAUUUUGCUAUUAAUUGCUGAACUCAAUAGAUUGUUAAUUUCAUUGCGACCAGGUCAUAGGCCAUCAAUGAUAGAUUAAUCUUUCUAUUAAUCUGUCAAUCUCUUUUGCAUUUAAUCCAUUUUGUGAUUAUAUGAUUGUUGUCCAUUGAUUAAUUCCAUCGACUAAUUUUGUGAUUGACUCAAUAGGUUAAUCGCAAAUUUAAUUGACAGAUUAAUCUAUGGGUCCUAUCAAUGUUACUGAAACAUUGGUAGUGUAUUGGCAGAUUAAUUUGACGACUAAUUUUGCCACUAUCAGAGUUUGCUAGAUUAAUCUAUUAAGGAAAUUUGCGAUUAAUCCAUGAAUUCUAAUCCCAUCAUUGGCAUUGAAUGUAUCGAUGACUGAUCAGACAGAUAAUUUUGUGACCAAGAUUGAUCUAUAGACUAAAAAUUGCGAUUAAUCUACAAAUUGUCACGCUGCCUGUCAAAACUGGAAUGAAAGUCUAUUGCUGUCAAUGGCACGGAAAUGUGAUGAUUGGUCGUGAAUGACAAUCAUAGAUUAAUCUGUCGAAUAAUUUUGCAAUUAAUUGCUAAACUCAAUAGAUAAAUUAUUCAUUUUAUUGAGACAUGGUCAUUACUAGCAGUUAACGACAGAUUAAUCUAUCUGUUAACAUGGUUAUCUCAUUUGCGUUCAAUCUAUUUUGUGAUGAUAAAUUUUAGUGCAGUCGGUGGCACUGGAGCAUGAUUGUUGUCCAUACAUUAAUUCUUUCGACUAAUUUUGUGAUAAACUCAAUAGUAGAUUUUUUUUUUUUUUUUGACAGAUUAAUCUAUGGAUCCUGUCAAUGUCACCGAAACAUUGGUAGUGAAUUGGCUGAAGACAAAUUAAUUUGAUGAAUAAUUUUGCCACUAUCUGUGUUUGAUAGAUUAAUCUAUUGAGGAAAUUUGCAAUUAAUCCGUGAAUUCUAAUCCCAGCACUGGCACAGAAUGUAUCUGACAGCUCAGACGAAUAUUUUGGGAUCAAGAUUAAUCUAUUGAAAAAUCGCGAUUACUCUAGAAAUUUUCACGCCGUCUGUCAAGACUGGGAUGAAAGUCCGUCGCUGUCAAUGGCACGGAAAUGUGAAUAAUUAUUGAUCGUGAAUGACUAAAUAGUAGAUUAAUCUGUCAAAUUAUUUUGGCAAUUAAUUGCCAAUUAACGACAGAUUAAUCUUUGUGUUAAUAUACAAAAAAAAAAAAGAUUAUUGGUCGUGUAUGACUAAAUCAUAGAUUAAUCUGUCGAAAGAUUUUGCAAUUAUUUGCUAAACUCAAUAGAUUAAUUGUCAAUGUCAUUGAAACAUGGUCAUUGGCAAUCUUUCUAUCAAUCUGUCAAUCAUUUAAUCUAUUUUGUGGUUAUAAAUUCUCAUGCAGUCAGUGUCACUGGAACAUUAUUUGUUUAUAAAUUCUGUUGACUAAUUUUGUGAUCAACUCAAAAGUACAUUAAUUUCAAAAUCUUUUGACAGAUUAAUCUAUGGAUUCUAUCACCGACAAUAGCACUGGAACAUUGGUUGUGAAAUUGCUGUCAAUAGAUUAAUUUGAUGAAUCAUUUUGCAACUAUCUGAGUUGGAUAGAUUAUUUAGUAAAUUUGCAAUUAUUCCAUGAAUUUUAACUAGGGCUGUCAAACGAUUAAAAUUUUUAUCGAGUUAAUUACAGCUUAAAAAUUUAUCGUAAUUAAUCGCAAUUCAAACCAUCUAUAAAAUAUGCCAUAUUUUUCUGUAAAUUAUUGUUGGAAUGGAAAGAAGAGGGAUAUAUACAUUCAACAGAGGGUACAUAAGUACUGUAUUUAUUUAUUAUAACAAUAAAUCAACAAGAUGGCAUUAUUAUUAACAUUCUCUUAAAGCGAUCCAUGGAUAGAAAGACUUGUAGUUCUUAAAAGAUAAAUGUUGGAACAAGUUAUAGAAAUUUUAUAUUAAAACCCCUCUUAAUGUUUUUGUUUUAAUAGAAUUAGUAAAAUUUUCAAUCAAAAAAAAAAUAGUAGCCCGCCAUUGUUGAUGUCAUUAAUUACUAGGGCUGUCAAAAUUAUCGCGUUAACGGGCGGUAAUUAAUUCUCUUGAUUAAUCACGUUAAAAUAUUUGACGCAAUUAACACACAUGCCCUGCUCAGAUUAAAAUGACAGCACAGUGCAACGUGCAAGUGUCCAUGUGCAAUGUUUUUGGAGUUUUGUCGCCCUCUGCUGGCGCUUGGGUGCGACUGAUUUUAUGGGCUUAAGCACCCAUGCGCAUUGUGUAAUUAUUGACAUCAACAAUGGCGGGCUACUAGUUUAUUUUUUAAUUGAAAAUUUUAGUAAUUUUAUUAAAACAAAAACAUAAAGAGGGGUUUUAAUUUGAGAUGCACGAUAAUAUCGGUCACCGAUAAUUAUCGGCCGAUAAUGGCAAUUAUGACGUCACACAGAUAAUCCAGAUAAAACGAAAUUCAGCCAAUAAUGCAAUCAGAUAAUUAUAUACUUGAUUUAGCCUCCAAAUGUGCGCAAUCAACAGUUUUGACCAAUUCUGCUAGUUUUAAGGAGAUGUUUUUGCAGUGUAGUAAUGUGAUAUACGUUAGGAAUGGCUUACUUCUAAAGGCAUUUUUGUGCAACUUGGGUGUUUACUCUCGAAGUAAUUGUUGCCAAAAGCUUACCAUUGCCAUUGUUUAGAUGUUGGAAUUUACUACUUGUUCACAUUUGAUGUGGAAAAAAAUAGCACUAAAUUACGUUUUUGCACAGUAACAUUUGAUCUUUGUAUACUUUAAAAUUUUACAUACAUAUUUGAAUAGAAUUAUCGGCGUGACAUUAUCGGUUAUCGGGUGGAAGGGGCAGGAAAUUAUCGGUUGAAAAAUGUAUUAUCGUGCAUCACUAGUUUUAAUAUACAAUUUCUAUAACUUGUGCUAACAUUUAUCUUUUAAGAACUACAAGUCUUUCUAUCCAUUGAUCGCUUUAACAGAAUGUUAAUGCCAUCUUGUUGAUUUAUUGUUAUAAUAAAUAAAUACAGUACUUAUGUUCCGUAUGUUGAAUAUAUAUAUCCAUCUUGUGUCUUAUCUUUCCAUUCCAACAAUAAUUUACAGAAAACUAUGAAAACUACUACAGAAACUACUACAGAAAACUACUUUUAUAGAUGGUUUGAAUUCCGAUUAAUUACGAUUCAUUAAUUUUUAAGCUGUAAUUAACUCGAUUAAAAAUUGUAAUCGUUUGACAGCCCUAAUAACACAAUGCUCAUGGGUGCUGAAGCCCAUAAAAUCAGUCGCACCCACCAGAGGGCGACAAACUUCCAAAAAACACAAGUAACAAGUGGACAUUGCACUGUGCUGUCAUUUUAAUCUGUUUGAGCGGGGCAUGUGCAUUAAUUGCGUCAAAUAUUUGAACGUGAUUAAUUAAAAUUACCACCUGUUAACGCGGUAAUUUUGACAGCCCUAAUUUUAACGCCAUCACUGGCAAUGAAUGUGUCUAUGAGAGACGAAUAAUUUUGUGACCAAAUUAUUGACUAAAAAGUUACGAUUAAUCUACAAAUUCUAACGCCGCCCGUCCAAAUGGAUCGGACGUCUUUUGCCGCCAAUGACGGGAAAUGUAUUAGUUUGUCAGAGCGAGUUGUAACCACACCCAAGAAGAAAUUCAACUAAAAGCAGAUAUAUUUUUGUGUAUGCAUAAUAUUGUAACAACUGUUUUCCCCACUUUUUGUGAACACUUUGCAUGCAGAAUGUGAAACACACCAAUUUGAAUGUCAAAUGGGUUUCCAUUACUGUCACGUUUCGGUGUAUUUAUAAUGUGAAGCAAACACUUUUAAUGUGUACCUUACCGUCAAUUCAUCAAGCGCACCCAAGUGCCACCUCGACAACCUUCCCAUCUUUCAAAAACCGUCCGAUUGAAAAUGCCAUGGAUCGACCGUGACUGCUGGAGUCCACUGUGAAGGAAUUUUUUUUAAAAUGGGGAGCUAUGAGUCAUUGAAAUUGUUUUUAAAUGAGGUUUAAGAAGAGAGGAUUAUGCGUGUGGUGUCCUGAUACAACUGCGUAAUCUGGGAAUUAGAAUAAAGACUUCAUUUUGUUCUUGAUACUAUGAAAGGUGGUUACGUGGAUUUGUGGUCCUCGCUGUAAACAACAUUGUGGCGGACACCCAAUUUGAAUAGAUCAUGUGAUCAUCAUGCAUCUUUUGACUUUUAUUAACCUAUUAUCUCCAAUGGUUGUCAUUUGCCACUUCAUUACAACACAACAGAUUGAGAGGCUAUAACAGUUUUUAUGGAUGCCAGUAAUUGAAGUUGCGAUGCAGUCAGUGGCAAGCAAAAUCUGUGUUUACUGACAUUGACAGUUUAAAAGAUUAUUU